AUGGUCUCUACAGCUGUCGAUGCACCACUGUGCACUGAGAUACUUCCUUGGCUAACUUCGGCUCACAAUAAAAUGACACCUAUGCUAGACACCAAGCGCAUUCGGAUCUCAACACCUGCUCAGCUACGAGAUUACUACACUGACCUUGUAAACUCUAACUCGGUUGUAUCAAUCACAACUCAACUCCUUCAAGCCGUUGAACGAGGCGCAGUCCCGCCUCUCACAUUCGCACCCUGGCUUGGCGUCUCAAAGUCCCCUAAAGUUAUUCGCGAGGCCUUGACACAAAACAAAUCCGUGUUGGUGAGAAAGCUCGCAAUCAAGCAACUCGAACUCGGCCUCUGCUCAUCGAGAUGGAAAGAAACGUGGGGCGGCAUCGGCGGUACAGCUGGUGUGUUGCACAUCUUCAAGGACCUCUCUGUGCUUGAAAUACGGCAGGCUUGUGAAGCCAUCGGUCGUUGUGCGAAAGGGAAAGACUUGAAUGAGAAGAGAGCGUGCUAUACAGAGUUGUUCAAGGGCUUACAUCCAAGCGCAUUCCCAGAUGCGUUAUUCAAGACGACUGACCGGCGGCCGUUAUCGAAAUAUUACGGGCUUCUUGUGCCCGCAUGCUCGGAAGAGUCAAUCGAGGAAGCUACUUCGAUGAACAUGAAAGGAGUCUGGCGACAUGCAAGAGCACGAGGUUUGUUUCGUAAUCACCCAGAAAGCAUGAGGAGGAAGUAUUUGCAAUAUCUGGAUGGUGAGCAUACCAAAGCCUUCAACGAGCAGGACUUGAAGUCCCUUAUCAAACAGUUUCCCUCAGUAAACACACCUGAGCGCGGCUUUUCGGCCACAAUGGAAUUUUCUCGCACUAUUCUACGCACACUAGCCAAAUCUGAGUCGUCUCAGAUGGACGACAACUUUUUCAUCAACGAACUCAUCAGACCUCUUCUUAAACGCGCUGUCAAGAGACACGCAAAAUGGGAGAAUGUCCUAGAAAUAGUUCAUUUGACAAUGCAGUACAUGGAGGCACAUCCUACUGCCGGGAAAGAGAUUACUCACACGGUGGACGAUGUUAGCCACCUAAUUGCGCAGUGCUGGUCGCGUAGACCGCAACUUUUCGAAACGCAAUUGAGAAGAUUGUGCUCUCACCCUCUGUUCGGCACGUCUUCGUUGGAAAGACUCCAAGAUUGGGACAGUUUUUUGCAGCGCAUCUCUCCAGGACGGCGCUACUCACUGUUACGGCUCGUCCUUCAGGAAUCAACGGGCCUCGAUCUAAAUGUCGAUGCAGACCUCAAAAGGAUUAAAGGAUCUCUCAGCUACGAGUUACUCAACAGCCUAGGCCCUGAACAGGCAUUGUCACUCUCCAGUCGUUUACGGAAAGCAAGAGGAGACGAGGACCUCGUAGAACCCGGAAACUCAAACUCCGUUCUCUACGUCGCGUCGACUCAUGGAGGCCACAAUGGGGAUCCUGAUAUAUAUGAAAUUGUCUUACAGCACAGCAGUGGCAAUGAAGAAGAGGCACAGAAGCUUGCGACAAUAUACCUGCAAGAUCGAAAGAAGAAAGCUGCUUCUGCAUCCCAACCGGAAGAUCGUGGAUUUCAUGCUAGGUCUGCGUUGUUUGCUGCCAUCGGCAGCGGAUCGUUGGUGAUAUACCAAGAGACCAUAGAGUGGACAAAACGUUUCCUUCGCGAUCCUCGGACAAUUCGUGAGAUGUAUCCCCGAUUUUAUCCCAAGGAAUCAUCCAGGUUGCUUUCGGGCGCCCCUGAACCGCUUGGAAGCCAAUUUUCCAUGUCGGAAUUACGGCACCGUGUUGAAAAGGCCAACGCAAUCCUGUUAAACAUGUUCGAGAUGGCAUGUACAGCCUUAUGCGAGCCUUCUUUCUCGUCUGGAGAUUGGGAAGGUACUUUCAACCUGUUUUCCACCGUCAUCCAGGAUCGCAUCAAUCUCUCACCGACCAUCAAGAACAUAUACAAGGCAUCAUACGAAGAUGUAUAUCAUAGUCUAUGGGAACCCACCAUUCCAAUGUUGAUUUCGAUCGAGGAGAAAGCUAAUCAAGAAGACUUUGAAAGGCUGGGAGCCAAUAGCUUACGAGGGAUCCUUGGGUGUAUGGCUCGAUCAAUGAUCGAACUCGAGUCGAAGGACAUGUCGACUGUGACCUUCUUCGACAACUUGGCUAAAUCGAGAGAUGAGCUGUGGGUAAAACUGCGAUCGAGGCUCUACCCAAUUACGGCAGCGCUCCCCACACCGUUUCCACGUGGCCUGCCAAUUCAGUAUCUCACGGCGCCAUGGAAUAUAAAUAUGGAAAAUCUGGGGGGCUGUGCUCCAUACCUAGCAUCCCGUGUGCAAGCUACUUUGUUUCCAGACCCGGCUGCAGCGCUUCUUUCUGUCCCGACAGAGGGUGAUUGGCAUAAGGCUAUUGGGGUUUUCGUGGAUAGCUAUCCGUAUGCCCUGCAGCUUCAUAUACCAAGUUCAAUUCAGAAGGCGGAGAAAGAAAAACGCGUCAAAAAGGUUUGGGAUUUCGCCAUUAGUUCGUUGAGCCAAAGCAGAAUGGAUGGAGAAGAAGCUGUUCGCUUUUGGAGUUGCCAAAAACCGGAGUACUUGAAGGAGUGGCCACCGCAAGAACUCGCUCUUGAAAAUUGCGCGACCUGGCCCUUGAUUCCUGAAACCGCCAACCCACUAGAGCCAUGUGAAUGGAACCCGUUUACUUCAGGGAGACCAAAUUUCCGUAAAAGAGACCUUGGCAAGUUGACGUAUAUCGAUCUUUCCCUAGCCGUUCUCGAGCAAACACGAUUUCAGCCUACCGUUCAUCACAAGCUCGAAUCAGUACCGCCUCAAGUCCCUGGGUUAGAGGUUAGCGCGCAUACGAUGUGGAACUCAUCACGUAAAAUGGGCGAAGGCGGGGUCUUGUCAGCUUUACUCUAUCUUGAUACUAGAUACGUAUCGGACAACCAUCUAUUGGAGGGCCCAUUUCCUACCGAAUACGAGCCCCGGUAUCCAGUUCUGUACCUCGACGACGAAUUUCUGUCGAGCGACAUACCGAACCCUUUUACAGCAGUCAGAAGUAUUCGAGGCCAUCUCAACUCAAUACCUCCACCUAUGUUAGCCCAGCUUGUCCAGAGUGUUGUCAGAGCGUUAGACGCGACCGAUGAGGAUUCAAGUACAUACCAAACGAUUCAUGAAGUAGUUAUGACAUUAAUCGUACGUCUGGGCGAAAGUGAUAGACCUGACUUGGCGACGGAGGUCGCUAUUCGGACGGUCCUACAUAAACCGAAGUCAAGCUCCUGGCAUCGAUCACUGUUGAAGCCUAGCCUGUUUCGUAGGCUCGCGGCUUCCGACGCCCAGGCUUGUUUCAAAGAGUUUGCAUACCAGAUCUUCGAUAAACUACAAGCUCGCGAUGGGGAGGCAGAAGUGUCCGGUGAAAGAGAAAGCGACUCUGGAUCCGGUCUGCGGCCAAGAGAGACUGCAGAGCAAUACACGAGCAAACCCUUUGUCAAAGUGACGACUCAAAAGUUUCUUGCACAGCUACUUGAAGGAACGGAGUUUGUUGACGAAGACUAUGCUCUCUCAAUCCUUUCGAGCCUCUACCAAAUGACGUCGCAUAUUGACGUCCACCUAAACCUCGUCAAGGCAUUAUUGAGUAUGCUUAAGUUUGGUUCAUCCAGUUAUUCCAAUGACAUACUUGCUGUUCUAGAGCGUACGUUACACUUGGCCGGAAGUUUGAACGAACGGGAGCCUUUGACUGAAAUGGAUUGGGCCCAGAGCGAAGAAACUCUUUUGCUUCCUCAAAUCCAAGAGGACGUUUCCAACAUUUCAAGCUCAUCUUCACCAAUUCUCGCUGCCUUAAUGUCUCAUUUCCGCAAUGCGCCAAAUGACAUAAAACAGUUGCAGGCUUUUGUAGAUCGAAUCAUUCUUCCGACAGUGUUACGCUUCAAGCAGCAAACAAAUAGGUGGAUAGCCCUGUUUCUGCGCAAGUACGGAAUUGAAAAUACGGCCCAGAGAGAAUUAAAGAUCCCUUUGAUCCCCCGAGAUUUUAGCGUGAGUCUGUUAUUACUGUCAGCAGACAAUACAAGAGUGCGCUAUCUCCCACGCACUGUACUUGAAGAAUAUGUCACGUACAUUACCUUCAACAUUGCGCCCUCCGCAUCUAUCAGGCAGCUGAACAGAAGACUUCUUGAAGACCCUGCGCUGAAGUCACAAAACGACGUGAAAACGUGGCUAGGUCUCUAUGGACGAGGCCUCGAAGUUGUGAAACAUGUCCGAAUCUUCGAAUUACCUUCAAAGCUUGGAAUAGACGUCUUAUCUACGAUGCAUGCUGCCAUAACGCCUAGGUUGGUUCAAGAACAGUUUCUCAGGCUAUUUACUGCGGUGUUGUGGAACGAUACUCCCACGUACACUCUUUUAGAGGACUAUCUAACGCAUCGGUUCUCGAAAGGCGACUACCUGAUUCAACCCUGGUGGCACCCUCAUGGCAAAGCAAUUGUCAAAGCAAUGGUGGCUUAUGUUAACACCAUUCGCACGAGCGACUGGGAGCGAAAUCCGAAACGCAAACCGUUUGUUUUACCCGACACUUUCCCGUGGCGCCUUCUGCUUCUCGACUAUCCCUGGCCAGAUCGAUGUGACAAGAUCAAAGAUAGAGAAAGAAAAUGCGAGGCCUUUGCAAAUCAGCUCAAGUCCAUCAUCGACGAGAUAAGCGGCUCUCUUUGUGGUAAAAGUCUUUCCCAACUAAAGUCCUACCUCUCCCUCGACCCCGUGAGCUCGAAGAGCGUGGAUCGCGCUGAGAAGAAAAUCGGCCGUUGUACCAUAUUUUACGGCAAGCGAGACCCACUCCACGAUGCGCUUAUACAUAACAGAGGCUUAACUGCCAUAUACCUGGGCAGUAUUACGAAGACAAGGCUGAGCUCGGUGACGGCAUCUGAGUUGUUGAGGGUAGAAGUUGCGAGUUAUCUGGUGGAGAUGGUGGAAGACUUCGAUGACAUCGACAAGGUUCUGAAGGAGAAGCUAAAGCAGUUAUUAGACAGUUGGAAGAGUUGUGAAAACGAGGACGUUCGGAGGAUGGGGUGGACGUUGAAGGAGAGAUGCUUUCCCGACUCUGGAUAA